AUGCUGGAAGAAAAUGAUGCCAACAAAAGCCGAGUCGGAACAUCUGAGCCACCGUAUUGUCAAGCCAAAGUAGCCAUUUCUACCACUUCUGUGAGGAAAGUCCAUCGCACAGUACAGCAAGUAAGCAGAUAG